GUCAAAGGUGGUUGGAAAGCUGGUUAGGAUUUUACUCAUAUUACUGUCACUUUCAGUCCCCUCUGUCUUUAAACUAUCAGGCCUGGUCUUUAAGAAAUUAGUAAACACAGCGAUGUGCAGCUGUGUCCGGAGCUCCAGGGCUCUGUCCCCUGCCCUGCUCCCGAGGCUGCUGCAUCCCCAGGCCGGGUUUCGGUUGGUCAGCAGGGGCCUCCGGACCUCCCCCCAGUGUUUGGCCGUUGGGGGUGACUCCCAGCCGCUCCCCCUCCCCGGACAGGCCCGGGUCGUGAUCUGCGGAGGGGGAGUUGUCGGAACGUCCGUGGCUUACCACCUGGCCAAACUAGGCUGGACUGAUAUCGUUCUGCUCGAACAGGGCAGACUUGGCGCAGGUACAACCAGAUUAUGUGCUGGCAUUGUCAGCGUGGCUAAGCCCAUUUCCAUUGAAUGUCAGAUGGCCAACUACUCCAAUAAUCUUUAUCAGCGGCUGGAGGAGGAGACGGGAGUUAAAACAGGUUAUGUGCAGACGGGUUCAUUGUGUCUGGCACAAAAUCAAGAUCGCUUCAUCUCUCUCAAGCGGCUGGCAUCAAGACUCAAGGUGAUGGGGAUCAGCUGUAACAUCAUCAAGCCUAAAGAGGUGGCCAAACUUCAUCCUCUUGUCAAUAUUCAUGACUUGGUGGGGGCGCUCCACCUGCCUGCUGAUGCUGUGGUGUCCUCACCUGAUGUCAACCACGCUCUGGCUGUGGCUGCAGCCGGACAAGGGGUUCAGAUCCUGGACCGAACCAGUGUUCAGCAGGUGGUGGUGGAAAAGGGCCACGUGAUGGCCGUGGAGACUGACCGCGGCUCCAUCGAAUGUGAAUACUUUGUCAACUGUGCUGGCCAGUGGGCAUAUGAGCUGGGCCAGGCUAGUGAGGUGAAGGUGUCUGUUCCCCUCCAUGGCUGUGAGCACUUCUACCUUCUCACCAAACCUCUUCAGGAACCACUUUCACCCAGCGCUCCAGUGGUUAUUGACAUGGACGGCAGGAUAUAUGUGAGAACAUGGCAGGGAGGCCUUCUGUCAGGAGGCUUCGAGAAGAACCCCAAACCCAUCUUCACAGAGGGCCGGACUCAGCUGGAGGUCCAGAGCAUGCAGGAAGACUGGGAUCACUUUGAGCCAAUGCUCAGUGCCCUCCUGAGGAGAAUGCCAAGUUUAGAAUCUGCUGAGAUCCAUCAGCUGGUCAACUGUCCUGAGUCCUUCACGCCUGACAUGCGCUGCCUGAUGGGGGAGACGCCGGGGGUGUGUGGAUAUUAUGUGCUGGCAGGGAUGAACUCCUCUGGCUUGGCCUUUGCUGGAGGAGCCGGCAAGUACCUGGCAGAAUGGAUGACAUACGGCUACCCCACUGCCAACGUCUGGCCGCUGGACAUCAAACGCUUCGGCAACCUGCAGAGCAGCCGAACCUUCCUGCGACACAGAGUCAUGGAAGUCAUGCCCCUGCUGUAUGAGCUGAAGGUUCCUCGGUGGGACUUUCAGACGGGGCGCCAGCUGAGGACCAGUCCUCUGUACGACCGCUUGGACACACAAGGGGCUCGCUGGAUGGAGAAACACGGCUUCGAGAGGCCCAAGUACUUUGUUCCACCCGGGAAAGAUCUACUAUCUCUGGACCAAAGUAAGACCUUCUACAAGCCAGACUGGUUCGACAUCGUCGGAGCAGAAGUGAAGUGCUGCAAAGAGGCCGUGUGCGUCAUCGACAUGUCCUCCUUCACCAAGUUUGAACUGACUUCGACCGGGGACCAGGCGCUGGAGCUACUGCAGCAUCUGUGCGCCAACGACCUGGACGUCCCCGUCGGACACAUCGUACACACCGGCAUGCUGAAUGAGAGGGGGGGCUAUGAGAACGACUGCAGCGUGGUGCGCGUCAGCAAGAGCAGCUUUUUUAUCAUCUCUCCGACAGACCAGCAGGUCCACUGUUGGUCCUGGUUAAAGAAGCACAUGCCCAGUGAUCCACACCUCCACCUGGAGGAUGUCAGCUGGAAGUACACAGCUUUAAAUCUGAUCGGACCGCGUGCAAUGGACGUGCUGGCUGAGCUGUCAUACGUUUCCAUGACACCAGACCACUUCCCCUCUAUGUUCUGCAAGGAGAUGAGCGUGGGCUACGCCAAUGGGAUAAGGGUGAUGAGCAUGACGCACACCGGAGAACCAGGUUUCAUGCUCUACAUCCCUAUAGAGUACGCGCUGCACGUCUACAACGAGGUGAUGUCGGUGGGUCAGAAGUACGGCAUCCGCAAUGCAGGCUAUUACGCGCUGAGGAGCCUCCGCAUUGAGAAGUUCUUCGCCUUCUGGGGUCAGGACCUGGACACGUUCACCACCCCGCUGGAGUGUGGCCGGGAAUUCCGGGUCAAGUUCGACAAGGACACUAACUUCCUGGGCCGGGAGGCGUUGCUGCAGCAGCGUCAGGACGGCGUGUUCCGGCGCUUCGUCAUGCUGGUCCUGGAGGACCACGACACCGAGCUGGACCUGUGGCCCUGGUGGGGCGAGCCCAUCUACCGCAACGGGGAGCUGGCCGGCGCCACCACCAGCAGCGCCUACAGUUACACGCUGGAACGCCACGUCUGCCUGGGCUUCGUGUCCCCGCCGCCCGGAGCCGACGGGAUACCCACGCCAAUCACCCCCGACUUCAUCAACCGCGGGGACUACGAGGUGGACAUCGCCGGCCAGCGCUUCCCGGCCAAAGCCAAACUCUACCCCUUCAGCUCCCUCUUCACGCAGCAGAAGCGCCGCAAGGACGAGGUAGAGCUGAGCAACCUGCAGGGAAAGUGAGGAAGCUCUUCCUGUUAUACUCCUUAGAUCCAGCACAUCUACUCCUGCUCUGUCCUCACAUUGCCAACACCCCACUGUCCCUAAUGAACGGCCCGGAUGUCCAAAUACUUCCCGCUCCUCUAAUAUUCGAUCCCCACAUUUACAGCUUUUUAAAAGUGCAAUAUUUAAGAGGGCACUAAACGCUCGAUCUGCAUCCAAUACAAAGUUCCUGUUUUAUCAGAGUGCGUUUCACCUUUAAACCACCUGGUCUCACGGCUGCUUCACUGAGACAGUCCGUGAUUAAGUGCCUUUGUUAAGGCAAGUUCCUCACUAAACGGAAUGGAAUUUCUCCCCUUCGUGACUUGCGCUCGCCCAGAAGAGAUUUAGAUCCUCUAUGAUUUGUCAGGGUGUGCAAACGCUGCAGUCUGAAAGAGUCUGAGGGAAAUGUCAGACACAAUCCUUUGUUCUGUCCACUACCGUCGGCCGCAAGCGACACUCGCAGGGAACAUUGUUUCCAGAUAAGGGAAGGCACUAAGAAACCUGGGAUGAUUAUUAGUAAACCGUUGUGCGUGCUGCCUAUCACUCCGCCCCCUGACUUAAAAAAGCUCCAAAGUUAAAAAAACAAAAAAACCCAGAACUGCCUCUUCCUCGUCUGUUUUUCUUCGUCCUCAUCCGUGAGCUGCUUUGGUGUUAUUUCUAUGUGUGUUAGAGCUCCCGGGGACGCUAUGUAUGAAUAUAAAACCGAAUCACAUAUUUAUGGUUUGCGGCUGUCUUGAAGCAUUGUUGCACUUUGGGGGCAAACGCUCAGUUUUUGUCGUUUUAUGUUUCGUUGAAUGUGUGCGGCUGACGACCUAUUGAUGAGGGAGACUACGAUAUCAUAAUCCAGCUCAGCUGUUUGUUUAAAGGAAAAAGGAUAUCUCUGCUAUUUGAAAUAAAACUCUGUAUUUUUGUAGAAUUGUUGUGUGCAAAUUCUGUACUUGGUGUAACUUGUCAUUUGGAGGAAUUAUCAUUAUUACUGACAAUUUCUUGUCUAUUGCUUUAUGGCUAAAAUUAAUUUACCUUACAAUGUCAUCCAGAUUUCAAGGAGUUUAAAUUCAGUUACAGUUUGGGAAAAAAAAGAAAGAUAUAGGCAGUCCAAAGAUCACAUCCUCUCUUUAGAGAAAGUCAUGUGGGGCAUCUUCAAUGUCAGAAAUGGAAUAACUUUCCCGUCAUACUUCUUAUAAAACUAUAAGAUUAUUAUGCUCUUAAAAGCAUAACUUUUUUUCUUUGAGGUUUUAAUGAGUCUUCAGAUGUGUUCAUGAUUGAUUAUCUCAGGCCCUGUACAAGCCGUUGCAAUACCUACAGUCUUCGCUCCACAUUUUGGAUUUAGAGCAAUUCACGCAGCACUUCAGCUGUUCAAACAGAAUGGCUGCAGAGCUGAACUUUACCACCGAUCAGGGUCUCGUAAUGCACUCGGCCCGUUAGAGAUACGCCGAUAACAAGCCAGAUGGUCCCUCUCCUCUUUUUUGGUCCGGAAGAUGCAGCAUCUGUGAUGUCCAAAAACAACUUCAGACUUCUGUUUGUCUGGCUGGCACAGUCCCCACUGCGCAUCAGGCCAUGAUAAAUAAACACUGGCUGGGAAAAUUGGCUCAGUUAUGAGUUCCUUAAUGAAGAAGUAAUGUAACAUACAUUUUACUUUGAAUAUUUCUCUGCAUUUUUUGUUCUAGUAACUGGAACAUUUUCCUCACAUUUAAGAUUAGAAUUUGAAAUAAAUUGCGCUGAACUUGUACAUAGUUCAGCAUUCAUCUAAAUGUUUAUAAGACAUGUUAAUUGACCACACCCCUUUCAGGACUCUUAAUACACAUAAAGACGCACACACGACCCAACAACUGCAUAUCCCACCCGGAUAAGAUUUAAAACUUAGAUCUAAAACGUUGAUCCAAAUACAUUAUCAAAGAGUCAUUUGUCUAAUUUAUAUUUCUGUCUAACAUUCAGAUUUGGUAGAAUAGAUUGAACAUUUCCAUGUGUACUUGCGAUCAUAUACACAUAUACCGUAUGAUGAACCUCACCGUGUUAGUCCUACUGCAAAUUCUAGUUCCACUUCCAGCAUCUUACAGAUUUCGUCGUUCCAUCCUGUUUUCAUAGUCUACCAUCUCUCACUUUCAAAUGUCAUUUUUUCCCCCUUCGAUACCGCUUCAUGAGAUGUAAAUCACUGAAUUUAAUUAAUUUAGCUUUUUUGGGGACUAGGUUUGUUAUGUGGGUGUUUGUAAAGGUAAAGGCAAAGUGGAGGGGCACAUUUGCUAAACCGCACAUCCUCAAAUGGGGAGAGUUUACUUCUGUUUCUGUAAAGAUUAAUAGAAAAGAAAAACAGCCCUAAAAUUCCAGUGACUUUGCAAUGCAGGGGAAUUUCUAAAACCUCUUCCAACGUUACAUAUUAUCCCAAAUGUUUAAAAUGAACAAAAACGCCAGAUUUCAUUUUAACAGAAGUAUCGACCAUUAACAGUGUACACUCAAAUGAUAAGUGAAGUAUAAAAUAAAGAGAACUGCUU